UCAGAAAAGGUGGUCACGACGCAACAAACAACAGUGACGAAUUGCUCAAGUGGUGGCGGAGUUGGUGGUGGCGGAGGUGGCGGUGGCAGUGGCGACGGACAAGAGACGAUCACGUAUGCAACUGCAACUAAUACGGUAGAGGAGGUGGAGGUAGAAGUCGACGAGGUAAAGAUGGAAGCUGAGGAUCAUCUGGCAAGAGAGUACGUGCAGGAGUUCGUCCUCGAUCAUUUGGAUCCUGCUGAUGUUAAACGAGAGGUACGAAUGGGUUCACCGACAGUAAUGGUAAAUGGUAGCGUUGUACAGCUUCCGGGACAAGUGCAAUCGCAAGGAUUGACUCUGGCACCAUUAACGCCGCCCGCGCACGAGUUAGAACAACCGCAUCCACUGUAUGGUCAGCCCCAUAUUCAAGUGCAACAUGGCGUCUUGGUAAAGGCACCGCCUGGUGCCGCGGCGCAUCUCACCACGCUGUCACAUCCGGGCACGCCGCCGGACACGCCGCCUGUAUCGACAUCUCCACCGCCAUUGCAACUUCACCGCAGCGAUCGAGAUUCCCGUGAUGCUCGUGAUCUUCGCGACCGUGGUGGUAUAUUGCUGCAGCUGCAGCAACCAGCAGCAUUGGUACAGGAAGAGAUGCAAGUGGGUACAGGUGGUAUGGGUUGGCUGACGCAGUCAUUGAGACAAGAACCGCUGGACCUGAGACCCCACUGUCCUCAAGAGCAAACUCCGGAGACUCAUCAUGAGUCUUGGUCAGCAACACCAGCGCAUCAUCAUUUCCAGGAGUUGCAACAUCUUCCGCGACAUACUAGGCACGCUAGUGGAUACCUGGCAAUGUCAAGUCAUCUAGAGUAUUACAGUGGUCCAGGUACAGGAGGAGGAAUGCUUCCCGCGGGCGGGAGUGUGAUGCAGGGGAUGGAGGAUAGCAUACAAGGUUUAGCAAUACAACCGGGCAGACCGUUGAGCGUAUGCUCCGUGAGUUCUUGCGGCGCCGGUGGGCCCACUCCAGCUCAUCGUUCUGGUAACGGCCUGUACUCUAAUUGUAACGGUACGAAUCCUCAAGAGGAACUCAUGGAUGAUGAACUUUUGAUGUCACUUUCUGUACGCGAACUCAACAAACGUCUCCAUGGUUGUCCACGAGAACAGGUGGUGCGGCUGAAGCAAAAGCGACGAACGUUAAAGAAUCGUGGUUACGCUCAGAACUGUCGUAGCAAACGGCUACAGCAACGGCAGGAUCUUGAGAGCACUAAUCGGAACUUGCAGAAUGAACUUCAACGUGCGAAGAUCGAGCUAACACGGAUUCAACAGGAACGCGACCUUUACAAGCAAAGAUACGAUAUGUUGAGAACGCGACAGAGUCAUCAUCACAAUCACAAUCAUAAUCAUCAUCAACAGCAGAUGACGCAGCAACAGCAACAGCAGCAGCAACAUCAAACUCAAAGUCAGCAACCACAUCCACAACAACAACAGCAACACCAACCAGCACCAGCGAGUCCCGAAGUCUAUCUGUGACAUCGACAGCGCCGAGGAGGCGCUUGUUGGACUUGAACAGCUCAUUUGUUGCGUCGAUGGAUUCUUCUAUUGAUAUGACGCAUUGUUCAGAAGGUAUACCAAGGGUAGGCCGAAUAGAACUUUAACUUCUUUUCAUCGAUUUCUCUUCCAUCCUUCGUCAUUCGCAUCAUUGCAACAUCGAAACCUUAUAGCCAUCCAUGGACUGUGGGGAGAUGCGGCUAGUUCCUUCCUAGGCGUAUACCGACUGGUGAUUUAGUGAGAUCCGAUCUGCGAAUGGAGUAGCCGAUCAGUUGGACCAUAAAUAUCAGGUGUUUUUUGUUUGCAUAGAACACACGUAUGUACACAUCAUAUAUACAUAUAUACUUCUUCGUCGAGAAAAUAAGAUCUCUAGUAAAAGGCAGCAUUCUCGGUUUCUCAUUUUAGUGAUUAACUUCUUUUUUCUUUCAAUUUGCGAGACGUAAAUCUGGUAUAUGUUCCUUACAUUCGUGUUUUCGGUGUAUGUAAAAAGAAAUGUUAGGGCUUGCGACAUCCGAUGCAAUUAUUUACGAUC